AUGGAAGACAAAGAAAUUCGAAGGCCUUUAGCAAAUUUGUCAAAUGUUAGUACACCACAGUCAUGCGUUGUGGAUCAAGGCGGGUUGUCGCAAAAUAUGGAAAUGCAACGUCGAUUGAUGGCAGAUUUUGAUAACGUGGUCCAUGAUACUACCUCAAAGCUGACAAUUCGUACUGAUUAUUACGGUGAUGUUGGUGAUCAAAUGUAUUCCUGUCAGCACUGUGGAGCUAUGUUUUGGUUAGAGGAGCGCGUUAAUAAAUCAGCCGGUGUUCGGAAUCCAAAAUAUUCACUAUGUUGCAGUCAUGGAAAGAUCAAGUUGGCACCUACAUAUUGUCCACCUCCUGCAAUAGGGCAAUUGUUCUUUAACCAAGAUCAAAAGAGUUCACAUUUCUUGAAAAAUAUUCGGUCCUUUAACAAUAUGUUUUGCUUUACUUCCAUUGGUGGCAAAAUUGACAGAGCAAUUAACAAUGGUAGUGCACCACCAGUCUUUAGACUACAUGGUCAAAAUUUUCACUUGAUGGGCAGCUUGCUACCAGUAGCUGGCGAUCGUCCAAAGUUUGCUCAAUUGUAUAUUUAUGAUACUGAGAAUGAGAUCAACAAUCGUCUAAGUGCACUUGGGGAUGAUGAUUCUACGACUACAUUGCAUUGUGAAAUUGUUAAAGACAUUAAGGAUGCAUUAGAUGAGAAUAAUGUUUUGGUCAAGAGUUUUCGCAUGGAAAAAAUGGAGAUGGAAAGUAAUCCUACAAGAGAUAUUAAAAUAAAACUCAUCGGAAGGAGGAACAAAGAUGCAAGGACAUAUAACUUGCCACAGGUUGGAGAAGUGGCUGCUCUGAUUGUUGGUGAUUUAGAUCCAAACAUGGGGGAACGAGAUAUAUUGGUGGAAUCUAAAGCUGGUCAUUUUCAAAGAAUAACUGAAUUACAUCCAUCUUAUCUACCAUUGCAAUACCCAUUACUCUUUCCUUAUGGUGAAGACGGUUACAGAGAAGACAUACAGUUUAACAAUGUUGCAGGUCAGAGUUCGAAUGCAAGAAGUAAACUUAGUCCCAGGGAGUAUUUUUCAUUCCGUUUGCAAGAUAGGUUCAACGAAAUGUCAACAUUGCUUUAUUCUAGAAGGUUGUUUCAGCAAUAUUUGGUAGAUGCUUAUACCAUGAUAGAAUCAGGACGCUUGGUUUAUAUUAGGACUCAUCAAAAGUCACUGCGAUGUGAAUCAUAUAAAUGUUUGACAGAUGCGUUAACACGUGGUGAAGUAGAUCCUACAGCCCAAGGAAAGCGUAUCAUUUUGCCAUCGAGUUUUACCGGAGGAGCAAGAUAUAUGGUGCAAAAUUAUCAAGAUGCAAUGGCAAUUUGUAGAUGGAUUGGUUAUCCAAGUCUAUUUAUUACAUUCACAUGUAAUCCCAAGUGGCCUGAGAUUGAAAGGUUUUUACAACCAAGAAAACUCAAAUCUGAAGAUAGACCAGAUAUUAUUUGCCGUGUGUUUAAAAUGAAAUUAAACGCACUGAUAAAAGAGAUCCAGAAAGAAAACAUUUUUGGAGUUGUUGAUGCAGUAAUUUACACAAUUGAAUUUCAAAAAAGGGGAUUGCCACAUGCUCACAUUUUAAUAUUCUUGGCAAAGAGCAACUCUUAUCCUACUGCAAAAGACAUUGAUAUGAUAAUAUCUGCUGAGAUCCCAAGUGAAUUGUGCGAUCCAGAAUAUUACAAAGCUGUGGAAGAAUUUAUGAUGCAUGGUCCAUGUGGUGCAGCGAGGAAGAAUUCACCUUGCAUGGUAAAUGGUAAGUGCUCUAAAUUCUACCCGAAAAAAUUUGUUGAAAGCUCUACAGUGGAUUUUGAUGGAUAUCCAAUAUAUCGCCGUAGAGAUAAUGGUUGUAAAAUAAGGAAAAAUGGAAUUGCCCUUGAUAGUAGAUAUGUAGUUCCACACAAUAGACAUUUGCUGAUGAAGUACAAAGCUCAUAUUAAUGUGGAGUGGUGCAACCAAUCUAGAUCAAUAAAGUACUUAUUCAAGUACGUGAACAAGGGUAAUGACAGGGUCACAGCUGAAUUUUACAAUAGUGCGGUUGAAGAAUCUACUGGAAAGGUUAUAGAUGAAAUCAAGAUGUACUAUGACUGUAGAUAUAUUUCGCCGUGUGAGGCCGCUUGGAGGAUAUUUGCAUUUGACAUACAAUUUAGGAAUCCAUCUGUUGAGCGUUUGAGUUUCCAUCUUCCAAAUGAGCAUUCAGUAAUAUUUCACGAUGAUGAUUUGGUGGAUGAUGUUGUAAAUCGACCAACAGUAGCACAAAGCAUGUUCACUGCAUGGCUAGAGGCGAAUAAAAGUUAUGCAGAGGCGCGGCAGUUGACUUAUUCACAGAUGCCCACUAAAUUUGUUUGGAAGAAAGAUAAAAGAGAAUGGCAUCCAAGGCAGAGGAAUUGGGCAAUUGGUCGAAUCUUUUAUGUGCCCCCAUACAGUGGUGAAAUCUUUUAUUUGAGAUGUUUACUUAACAUUGUUCGGGGACCAACGUCAUUUGAUGAUAUUAAAAAAGUGGAUGGCGUACAAUAUAAUUCAUUUAGAGAUGCAUGUUAUGCACGUGGUUUAAUUGAAGAUGAUAAAGAGUAUGUCGAUGCAAUCAGUGAGGCAGCAGUUUGGUCUUCGGCACAUUCCUUAAGAAAAUUGUUUGUUACACUAUUGACAUCCAAUGCAAUGUCAAAGCCAGAAGAUGUGUGGGAGCUGGUCUGGCAUUACUUAUCAGAUGAUGCUGAAUUUACGUGUAGAAGAAACCUCUCAACUUCAGAUCUAAUUCUCAAUGAUUCUCAAAAAAAGAAUUAUGCAUUGUUUGAAAUGGAGAAGUUGUUGAAUGCUUGGAACAAAUCUCUAGCAGACUAUCCACCGAUGCCAAUGCCAGAUCAAAACGGUGAUUUGUUUCAGGGAAAUAGGUUGUUGUUCGAGGAAAUGUCAUAUGAUAGGGAAGCUCUAAGGCAUGAACAUGAUUCUUUGCUUCAGAAACUAAUUGAGGAACAGUUACUCAUCUAUAAUAAGGUGGUUGCAGACGUCCAGUCAGAGAUGGGUGGCAUGUACUUUGUGUAUGGUUAUGGUGGUACAGGCAAAACCUUUUUGUGGAAGACACUUUCAGCAGCUCUAAGGUCCAAAGGUGAAGUUGUAUUAAAUGUUGCGUCAAGUGGUAUAGCUUCAUUACUUCUGCCUGGUGGAAGGACUGCACACUCUAGAUUUGCUAUACCAAUUUCUGUUAAUGAAGAUUCCACUUGCAACAUUAAGCAAGGAAGUCCACUGGCUGAAUUGAUCAUCAAAGCCAAACUUAUUAUUUGGGAUGAAGCACCGAUGAUGCACAAACAUUGUUUUGAAGCAUUAGACAGGACAAUGCGAGAUUUAAUGCGUUUCACAAAUCGUAGGAGUUCAACGAUGACCUUUGGAGGUAAAACAGUUGUUUUGGGGGGAGACUUUAGACAAAUUCUUCCAGUUAUUCCAAAAGGUACUAGACAAGAUAUAGUACAAGCCAGUAUUAAUUCUUCUUACUUGUGGAAUAAUUGUGAAGUUCUUCGUUUAACGAAGAAUUUAAGAUUGCGAAGUAUUAGUGAUGAAGAGGAGGUUGAGAAGUUAGAUUGUUUUGCCAAGUGGAUUGCAGAUGUAGGUGAUGGAAAUCUUGGGGAAGACAAUGGUGUUGAUUGCAAUAUAUUGAUUCCUUCAUCCUUUGUAUUGGAAAAUGAGGGCGAUCCCAUUAGACAAAUUGUUAACAGCACAUUUCCUGAUUACCAUUCUGGAAACAUGGAUGCAAGACAACUCGAGAGUAGAGCUAUUCUGGCCCCAACAUUAGAUGUUGUAGACGAAGUGAAUGAAUACAUGAACGGUAUGAAUCAAGCCUCAUCAAUAAUAUAUUUGAGUUGUGAUUCUCUUUGCAAGUCAGAGGCAAAUGUUGAUAUGCAAUCUGAGAUCACUCACUGGGACUUUGCAAUGGUACAAGGAGAAGAGAUGGUAUGGUCGCGGGCUCACAGCAAUUUUGAGAGAAGAAUAGAUGGCGACAAUGAUUUUGGGAGAAGAACAGAGGCAUCGGUGGAGCUUGGCAGUGGCGGUAGAGGUUGUAGUGGCGGUGGCGUCGUGGAGAAGGAGUAG